AUGUUAAUGUACAUGGUAUUUGUAAUGGCUGUGGUACGCGUGGGAACCGAUACUACACCUUUUACGGAUAAGGAACUCAUCAAGAAUUUUAAUUCAGUGAAGGAUCUUGUUCAAAUUAACUUGAAUUUAACGCUGCAGUCAGGAUCGGCUCCCUGUGGCUUUGAUACCAAUACCAACUUGUCGAAAUGGACAUCCAUAAUUGAUUAUAUAAAAAAAACCAGUAUGAGAGGGGUACACAAUUCGGUCAAGAAAAAAUUUAGUUUAACAGACCCAUGCUCGUCUGAAAAUGAAGAGAAUAUGUUAAAAGCAAAGUACAAAUUGUAUGUAAAUUACAACGGGUCGAGUUUUGACAUCGAGUUGAACAUUAGCAUGGUGUACAUAGGAGGCUAUCAAAGAUAUCAGAUUUGCCCAGGAAGUUCAUCAUUAAACAAUAACUUAAAAAAUAAACAAGAAAUUAUAUUCUCCACCACAUACCACUCAAGGAUGUUUCAUAAGAUCAUGGUCGUUUACAAAAGUAGCUGGAACGGUUACCUAGUGAUUGAGGUUUUUCCUACUAUAGUAACAGUUGUGAUAUAUCCACCUAGUGGUAAAGCAAUUUAUGAAGAUUACGAAUUGGAAUUUUUCAUUCUAGAAGUAUUUCAAGACAUCGAAGAUAUAUGUGCGACUUUUAAGUAA